AAUAGAUCAUUGACAAUUCCAUGAAAAACCUUCAUCAAAUUUACUCCACAUUUCUGGAUCUCGUCCUGGCAUCAGAACAUAUACUUCAGUCCCUGGUUUAUUCUCUUGCAAGAGGAAAAUAAAUAUGAAUGCUGACAACUUUCAACAGCAGACAAGCAACCAAGGUUCACCUGAAGAGGUAUCUCCUGUACUGGGUGGAGAUCCUGGUGUCUUUUCUGAGCUUCCAUCAAUUCUAGUAAGGCCAGGUCAAGUACUGGCUAUCCUUGGAGAGAGUGGGGGUGGAAAGUCCACCUUGCUGAGUUUUCUGGCAGGUUUUCAUUUACAAGGAGUUUUGGUGGAUGGGAUUGUUCAAUUUGGAAACACUGAUAUGACUUCAAAUGACAGGAAGAGUAUUUGUGGGUAUGUGCCACAGAGGGAUCUUUUGUUGCCAUACUUGACAGUAAAGGAACACUUACAUGCACAGGCCACCCUGAGGCUUGCAAGUCACACACAGAAACAAGUAUUAGACAUAGUGAGUGAGACAUUGACAGUGUUCAAUCUGAAGAAGGUGGAGGACUCAUUGAUUGGCCAUCCAGGUCAGGGUAUAUCUGGAGGAGAGAGGAAGAGACUGUCCUUGGCAGCAGAAUGCCUUGCCAAACCAUCAGUGCUUGUGUGUGAUGAGCCAACUUCAGGAUCAGAUGCUUUCACAGCCACGCUUCUCAUUGAGCUACUUCUCACACUGGCAAAGAAAAAGCGAAAGACUAUCAUUGUGUCUAUCCAUCAGCCAUCUUCUGCAUUGUUCUUCAGUUUUUCCAGAGUGAUGAUAAUGGCAAGAGGGAGAGUGGCAUACCUGGGCAGGCCCAGAGAAUGCAACAGGUUUUUUGAAACCCUGGGUUACCCCUGUCCAAACCACUUCAAUCCCUCUGACUACUACAUGAGCAUUUUGUCAACAAAGACUCACCAACAGGCAUCCAGCACAGACUCAGCAUCACAGCAAAACGAUGUGGAGAAAGUUGAAGCAAUUUGCAAUGCCUUUCAAGUCCACAUCAGUGCCCUUGAAGUUCAACACCAGCAACAAAAGGGCAACUCAGAGUUGCAUGAUGUCAUCUUGACCACAUUUGGCCACAAACAGGCCAGCAUUCAAAGGCAAAUGGCUACUCUCAUCACCAGGUACUGGAGAAGACUGUACCGCAUUCCAUCAGCCUGGUUGAUAGGUAUGGGCCAAGGAGUAUUUUUUGCCAUCAUUCUCAGCCUCACUUUCAGGAAACAAAAAAUGACUGAGGAUUUCAACAAGAUUGAUGUCUUUGAUGUGAAUGGCAUCCUGUUUGCAUUUGUACUGGCCAAUGGGUUCCAGAUUGCCUCAAAAACCUGUACUGUCUUCAUUGAUGAAUUCCCCCUGUUCCUCUUUGAACAG